CAAACUUAAGUAACAUCUUGUUUUACACAAUAUGAGGGCUACUGGCUGCACAGCAUUGGGCAAAUUACUGUGACAAUCAGUCUUGUUCGUUAAAAUACAACAAGGCAAAUAUUCAAGUUUAUGUACUUUUAUUGCGGUUACGAGUGCCAAUCGCUGCAUAAAUGUCCCCGAAACACUUUGCAUUUCGUCUAGGCGUUUCGUUGAACCGAAAUGGUGGCAUCGGUCUGUAAUUCUGCUUUGCAUCUACUUCUGUGCUAAAUCUAUCAACAAUGCCAUGAUCUGUAAAUGAUAAGAGCAAAAGUGCAUUGAAGACGAUCCAGUUUGCCCUCUUAUUUCUUAGAACAAAGUUUACGAAUUCGUCUUUCCAUGUGUCUACAGCAUAAUAGUCUAGUAGAACAAGUAGAAUUCUAGUAUCAAUCCUUGACACAACAAUAUCAAAGUUCACCACUGGAUUCGACAAGUCCACUACGAACUGUUUGUGAUAUUGCUCAAUGUCCCCUUCUUUCAGAAAUCCGUCAAGUUGCUCUCGCAGGUACUGUUCAUGACAUUCCCCGAGCGACAAUAUCUUCUCUGUCUUAUUGUAUAUAUCGUUGUGCGUUAACAGCAUGUCGAGAGUUUGAGACCUCUGUCUCAGUGUUUCGAUGCUGAAAACUUUCACCUUCAUCUUCUGGAAUUUAUAAGCUGUAUGAUAGUUUGUAAGCGUGUUGACAGUAUGAUUGCAUUCGAUAGAAUGAAGCUCGAUGGUCUAUUUCCCUGGUACUGUACCGAAAAAUAACUUUUUCAAUCAAUCUACUUUCUGAUUGGUUAAUACAAAGUAGGCGUGGUUUAAAUGCGACAUUCUGAUUGGUCAAAACAUUUUGAGCUAGAUAUGGCGUGCGCGGAUGGUUUUAACUCUCAUUCUGUAUCAGAAAGAUGAACAGAGCAGCCGCAAAUUUACUUAGCUCAUUCAUGACGAAGAGCCGUCAACAAGCAAUGGAAACAUUUGUUGUAUACAAACGAAGAGGCCUUAUUAGAAGAGCUCAGAACUUGAUCGAAAACAUCGAUAAUGUCGUUACAUGUAUCAACUUGGAUCGUGGUCGAGACCCUUCCUUGUUCAAGAGUAGCAUGUCGGCGCUAUCCAAACUGAACUUGUGGGAAAACGAGAUCAGAGAGGCAACGAAUGACAAAGAUAUGCCGGACAUCAUAUCGGCUGCGAGGUUUCUCUUGGAGAACCAAGGCUUGCUGAUGGAUGAAAUUGACAAUAGCGACAGAGCAAAGAGACAGUUGCUUCCGACAGAUAUUAUCGCAAUAGAAAGUGAUGAAGAAGAAGAAGAUGAUGAUGAUCUACCAGAUAUAAUUAGUCCGACUUUAAUGAGAACACCUACGUGUACUUUGAAGUCAAAACGUCCCGUAAAAGGCAUCAAAGGACUGCAUAGGCUGAAACCGUACUCAAGGCCUACAUCAACGGUUACAAGUGCAAGCAGCACAAGCAGUACAUUGUCAGAAACGGCGUGGGAAAAGAGGGAAAAUGAGAUGCUGGUGGCUCAUCAGAGAGAACUGUCUAAAGCUAAGCAAGAGGCAAGGGACGAACUGUUAUUAUGCAUAAUAUGUCUGUCAGCCGAGAAAGAUCACACACUAGUACCUUGCGGACACACCUUUUGCAAAGACUGUUCACAUAAGGCUAAGGGAAAGUGCUUCUUUUGCAUGGCCAAAGUAAAAUCGUGUGUAAAAAUGAGACUGACAGACUAAAUGACUGACAGAUGCUAUUCCUUCUUGUCUUAUCAUGAUGGCAAUAAAAUACUAACAUAUCACUUUGCUUUGUUUUUACUAAUUCUGAAAUUCAGGUUUAACCACUACUCUCUACACUUAUCAUGAUACUAUGCGAUCUCAAACUUGAGACUUAUAAUUUGAUCUCAGAGUAGACAAUUGACCAUCAGUUUGAAAUACUUUCAUUAACAGUAUACUAGCAUGUAGUAAAAAGUCACUAUGAUUUCGCUCUUCAGAAUUUAGUGAAAAGAUACAUUAUGAAAAACCAAAUGCAUUUAUCAGUUCAUGCUGGAUAUUUGUAUGCCUUAACAGAAGGACUUGUUUGUGCAAACUUGGCGUUACAAGCCUUUUACAUGAAUACCUUCGAAAAUGACCAUUGCUUUUGCUUUACAAUUAAAUCAUGUCGAUUAGGAUAUAGCUUUUCUUAAUUAGGCAUCUGUGCUCUUUGGCAUGUAAAAAUAUUGUGUCCAAAUUACAAGCUUGAAUUGACAUUUCGUUUUUCAAUAUUAAGCUAAUCGGACAUCGGCCUGAGGUAUUAGCCGACGUAUUCGUUCAGCAUUGCAAUAUGACAAAAUAAGGUACCAAAUUUCUUUGACUCUGCAUUUGUCCAGACUUGUCACUGGCAUGUUUCGAGACCACUGUGACAUAAGAGAAACUCUUGAUCACAGGGUUUCGAAAGAUGGUCGCAUUAAAAGAAAUUUGGGAUAGAGUGCCAAAUAGAGAAGAAGUAUUUUGAAUUUUGAACGAUCGGUAUCUCUGCCAGACAUUGUCAUGCUUGUCCCCGAACACCUAUCACUACACUCGGAUGAAAGGGCUGUUCAAAGGUGAUAGCGAGCGUCUCAAUAGAGAAGUGUAGCUCUUCCAAUGAACGUGGAACGCACAUGUUAUAUCUGGCAGACAAUCAUAGCAAUGAUGGGCCAAGUAAUUCCCUGUACUAGCGUCAUUGCCUACUGAGCACAGAGUCGGGCUUUAGCCAUCAUUAACGCUUGACCCACGCUGAUCGUUUGAAUGCCAAAUAGCGAGUGUGUGUGAAAAGAAGUAAGACAGAGGAAGAAGUAGAAGCCAAAUUCGCAUUCAAAUUGACCAGAUCGGUAUAUUCGCAAGACAUUGGCAUGCCAGUCCCCGAACACCUUUCGCUACACUUGGACGAAAGGGCUGUUAGUAGGUGAUAGCGAGCAUCUCAAUAGAGAAGUGUAGCUCUUCCUAAAAACGUGGCACUGACAUGCUAUGAAAUGCAAACAAUCAUCGCGAUGACGGGCAAACUAAUUCCCCGCACCGGCUUCAUUGCCUACCAAGUGCGGAGUCGGGCCGAAGCCAGCAUUGACAGUUUACCCGCGCCGAUCUAUGAAAAGUCAAUCUGAAUGAGAACUUUCGGUUGCCGUUCGGUCCAUUAGUGUUUUUGAUUUUGAUUGUUUGAAAAUAAGAUAAAGAGAUUUGUGUUUGCCAAAGUUUUGAAAUUUCGACAUGACAUACACCAGAGUCGGGCUUAAAAAUUAUGUUUUUUGUACUAGGAUGGCGUUGCAAGCUUGUCAUAAGUAGGCACCCUUUGGCAUACAGAGCUGGUUUGUAUACCCGAUCUAGCAAUCUUAGCGGACAUCAAAAGACCAGAUCCUGUCACUAGACGGGGAGAUUCCUACUUUACCAAGCUUGUAACGCCUCGUGAUGGCCAAAGGCGGUUCCUUAUGCUACUGCACAUCACCCUACCAUAGCAUAAAGUUGGUCUAACGACACCUCCAUACCUUUGGCUGUCCUUUUUUGUUUUGCCUAAACUUAGCCCAACUCUAGCGAUAUCGGUUGCCGUUCGGUCCAUUAGCAUUAGUAAUUUUGAUUUUUGUUUUUUGAAGAGCAAGAGAAGAGAGAAAAAGGUUGCAUCGUUUUAUGUGCAGCUGUUAAAUGCCAAAUAAGCUGUACACUUGAUACAACAUUGAAUUUGAAGCUUUGAUUUUUUUCAAUUACAAGUAAGAUCUUAUGUUUGCCAAAGUUCAUAAAUUUUGAUGUCACUUAUGUUAUCAUGUAGCAGUGUGAGCAAGCCAAGAGUCGUUUUCUUGAAUUAAGCUAAACAAGUAAGGAUAUGAAAACGCCCCUUGCCGUACUCCACCACCAAUGAUAAAAAGUGACAAAGCCCUGUGGAGAGAAACACAUUCAAUAGCUACAAUAAGUUGUGCACAACUUUAAGACUUAACAACUAACAUCUAAGACAUAACUAGCAAAUAUUCUUAUACUAAGGUUGCAAAGGUCCCGUCGCUCUCGUUUCAAACAACUUGUCAUUGCUCCUAACAUGCAAAAAAGCUGAAGGAAAAAAAUGUGGUUCGUUAAUUGGCUAUCGCAUUUUCUGGCGAUCUGCAAAAGCACUGAACGAUCAACAGGUGACCAUGUCUACCGUCAAUAUCGGAAAGCAGCAUCAACAUGAUGCAAGACUCAAACAGUAGACACUCAGACGACCUCGAGAGUAAGUAUAUCAACUCGAGUGUCAUUUCAAUCAAGAGAGAACUCCAGCUGUCUUAGGCUGGAAAGAUAUUCGCCACUAUUGCGGGGACAGGAGCUCAACCGUCUUUCCUUUGUCGGUAUAGCGAGUCUCCUCACCCUAAGUGGUUACGCCGAACACUGGACAUUCUCAAUUGAUCGAAACCCCGGAUCAAGUUCUAGCCGAACCAAGACUUGGCAUCGCUAUGCCAAUGUGCGUUGCCAGUCUUAUGACCUAACCAAGUCCUAACAUAUGCAUUUCGAGAGCGACGCGACUUUGCCAUAGUACUCACCCCAGGCAUUCUUCAUCUGUCUUGUACUGCACAUACCACGAAUAACACUUUCAAAUCCAUACUUGAACAUUUUAACACAAGAAAAAAUUUAAAAAAAAACUGACGCGGAAACACCUUGAAAUUUUGGUGAAAUCCGCCCGACCAACUGAACAACUGAGCUUGUGCAGCCGCUUUUAAAGGCUCGCCUGCCGAAAAAUAACAAACUGUGACGUCACGAACGAUUUGAUUGGCUGAUAGCUUUAAAAUUAGUUUUGUCCCACAGGACGAGUCUACACAAAAAGUAACUAGCCAAUCAGCGUCGAGCAUUUUUUCCUCAAGUUUUAAGUGGUCACAUGACCAAUUGUACAGCCGUCGAGAGCAGACGUGUUUUUGCAUUGCUCUCGCUAGUUGUGUGACAACAUGAAAUGGUUUGAUCUGGCAAAGAUUGACAUAGUCCUAGGUCCCAAAGUAUGU